UGCGUAGUAAACGCUAAUUUGGGAUGGGCGCUUGAGCUGGAAAAAUACAUCAUCCACCGAAUGAGCUCAUCGAUGGUCAUUUCAGACGAAAACUCCUUUAUUUAGAUUUUAACGAAGAGCCAUAUAUCCGAUUCUAAAAAUGCCGAGUAAUAAGCUGGAUAAACCAGAGAAGGUGGAGGCGAGUGAUAACGUGAAGGUGGUGGUGAGAUGUCGACCCCUCAACGAGAAGGAGAAGAUGAUGGGACACAAGCAGUCCGUCGCUGUGGACGAGAUCCGGGGAACGAUUACUGUGAACAAACUUGAUAUGACCAGUGAGCCGCCAAAGACGUUCACCUUCGACACAGUGUUCAGUCCAGACAGCAAACAGCUGGAUGUGUACAAUUUAACCGCUCGACCGAUUAUUGACUCAGUAUUAGAGGGUUACAAUGGAACCAUAUUUGCGUACGGCCAGACAGGCACGGGGAAGACGUUCACAAUGGAGGGUGUCAGAGCAGUGCCUGAACUCAGAGGAAUCAUCCCAAAUUCAUUCGCUCAUGUAUUUGGUCAUAUUGCAAAAGCAGAAGGAGACACCAGGUUUCUGGUAAGAGUUUCUUAUUUGGAAAUAUACAAUGAGGAGGUGAGAGACCUGUUGGGAAAGGACCAGAUGCAGAGGCUGGAGGUCAAGGAGAGACCUGACGUAGGAGUUUACAUCAAGGAUCUUUCUGGAUACGUGGUAAACAAUGCUGACGAUAUGGACCGGAUUAUGACCCUUGGACACAAAAACCGUUCUGUGGGUGCGACUAAUAUGAACGAGCACAGCUCUCGUUCUCAUGCUAUCUUCACCAUAACUAUUGAGUGCAGUGAGAAAGGUGUAGAUGGAGAUCAACAUGUGCGCAUGGGAAAGCUUCACUUGGUGGAUCUUGCGGGCUCUGAAAGACAGGGAAAAACGGGAGCCACAGGCCAACGUCUUAAAGAGGCUACAAAAAUCAACCUGUCUCUGUCCACCUUGGGAAAUGUUAUCUCUGCACUUGUGGAUGGAAAAAGCACCCAUGUGCCCUAUAGGAACUCAAAACUCACCCGACUCUUACAGGACUCUCUAGGAGGAAACUCCAAAACCAUGAUGUGUGCAAACAUCGGCCCAGCAGAUUACAACUACGAUGAAACCAUCAGUACUCUCCGUUAUGCCAACCGUGCCAAAAACAUCAAGAAUAAGGCCAGGAUUAAUGAGGACCCCAAGGAUGCACUGCUGCGUCAGUUUCAGAAGGAAAUUGAAGAGCUCAAGAAAAAACUGGAAGAAGGUGAGGAGAUCUCCGGCUCUGACGGCAGUGGAUCAGAUGACAUGGAUGAGGGUGAAGAUGGAGGCGAGAAACGCAGGAAACGAAGAGGGAGGAAGAAGGUGUCUCCUGACAAGAUGGUGGAGAUGCAAGCUAAGAUCGAAGAGGAGCGGAAAGCACUGGAGGCCAAACUGGACAUGGAGGAGGAAGAGAGGAACAAAGCGCGUGCAGAGCUUGAGAAGAGAGAGAAGGACCUUCUCAAAGCCCAACAGGAGCAUCACUUACUACUCGAGAAGCUGUCUACUCUGGAGAAGAGGGUUAUUGUUGGUGGAGUUGAUUUACUGGCUAAAGCCGAGGAGCAGGAGAAGCUUCUGGAAGAAUCCAACAAUGAACUGGAGGAGAGGAGGAAGAGGGCCGAGCAGCUCCGGAGAGAACUGGAAGAAAAGGAGCAAGAGCGCUUGGACAUCGAGGAGAAAUACACCAGUUUACAGGAAGAAGCUCAAGGCAAGACCAAGAAACUGAAGAAAGUGUGGACCAUGUUGAUGGCAGCAAAAUCGGAGGCACUCAGUAUAUCAGAACCAAUCCAAACACCUCGAGAUGUAAAGAAUGCAUGUGAGUGCAAGGACUUAUUUGCAGAACGCCUGAAGCACUUUCUGAAGUCAGUUAAAAGUGUAGUACCCAAAAUCCAGUUUGCCAACAUUUUGGACAACCUGCAGCCUUUCCCUCAUCCUGGAGUCAACGCGAAUGACAACUGUAACUUCACAAAGCAUAACCUAAAAACAUUGACAUCAGACGAUUUGAAGAAGUUGAUUCAGGAUAACAUUAAUUUCAUCCAAAACUGGAAUGCACACUGCAAACCAAAUCAUUAAUAAUGCAAGUCACAAAAGUAACUAAACGG